CCCUAAUACAAUACUCUUGCUAAGGCUCCGUCGGCCGUUCGUCUUACUAGGCAGUCAGAAGUGCUGCGAGUAAGAAUGCUAUAUCUAGAGUGCUAAGAUUAGAAAGUUGCCAACCUUUUACAAUGAAAUAAAUGCUUCUAUUUAUACCCGCCAAUGGGCAGGUGGCUAUGCUGUCGUGGAAGCCUGUGGACCGCUGGUGUCCCAACCACCAAAUCUUCAGCAUUAAAUGCACUUCCCGCCAGAAUCUAGGUUUCCCGCCUAAAUAGUGGGGACGUUCGUCCUCCCGGGAAGCGAGCUAGAUCGCUCCAAGUGAUCCUCAAGAAGUAUCGGCCGUUCGUCUCCUGGCCGUUCUCACCAUGUGGACUGGAUUUCCUCCGAUAAUCAUAGGCUUGCUCUGGGGACGUUCGUCGUCAUCCCUGAUGGCCCGUGGUCCUGCUCCUUGUCCCUGCAUAGACGUUCUUCGCCAUGGGCCGUUGAACCUGAACCCCCGAAUUACAGACGUUCGUCCCUUCCCAAGGGAUAUGGGCCUGCGGCCAGCCUGGUGUUCUAACUGGACGUGCGUCCGGUAAAAAGGGGUUAAUGGGCCGGACCUCGGCUUGGGCCAUUAACCCAACACCGAGUUUUGAGGAUACACGCCCGAUCCUUGGGUACUCCACCUGUUGGGAUAUAUUAUCCCGGCCUAUUACUGUUCAUGAGUCCAAGGCUUUACGUAGUACGGAGCCCGAGCAGCUAGGCCCAUUUCGGCCCAUCCGGCCCACUGUAGCCAUUUGGGCCCACUCCGGCCCAUGCGGCCCAUUAGGGUGGAGAGCAUCCCCUUCCCCUAUUCUCUAUAAAUAUAGGAGUUUCCCUCCAUAUUAUGGAUCCCUUUUUUUAGCUUCUUCUUCUUCCUUUUAGACUUGGCUCAAUACUCCAUUAAUGGGAGCUUGUACAAUGUAAUUGUGAGGAGAGUCCUAAUGAGAAUGAGAGGGCUUGGACAUUAGCCUAAAAAGUCCCGUGGUUUUCUCCCUUUCCGGGUUUCCACGUAAAAAUAGCUUGUUCAUACACAUUUAUACAUAUAUUUACUAUAUCGUGUUGGAUUAAACUCAACACUGGCGCCGUCUGUGGGAAUCUGUCCAAAAAGAUUCAACGUGUUCUUCAGUUCCGACCACAAACAUGAGACGAGAACUGACUUUCGACAAAAAAUUGAUACGAAAAAGCUACUGAUUUCAGCAAAAACAAAAGAAAAAAUUGAUUCUGAGGAAGGGAAGAAGCGGAGAAGCCAGGAAAUCUGGGAAUCCCAAAUCUGGACUUUCUUUCCAGAUCUGUUUUGAAGUCGCCGGAGCCACCGCCCCCGUCGGCACGGAACUUCCGAGGUUUCGACCGGCACCGGAUGGAACUUGGUGCCGCGUUACAGUUCUUGGCGUCCCGUUUGUAUACGAAAACCUUGUCUGUGACGCCGUAGCUCUUCGCCCUGAGCCGCCGCGCCGCCGCCCGACAUCCGCCAUCAGCCGCUGGUCGCUCGUCCACCUGCUCGGAGGGAGUGAAUGUGGAGCUCGAUAAAUCUCUUAACGAAACCGCGCCCUCUGGCCGGCCUUGUUCUGCCGCGACCACCGUCUCCGCCGGUGGAAGGUGGCCGGCACGUGCGGCCCGCCUCUGGUUCGAUGGGAGGGUUUCCACAUGCCUUUCCUAAAAGAUGUACUCCACAAAAGGAGUUGGUCUAGAGCAGUCCACGUCUACAAGUUAAGGCCAAGCAAUGAGGGCCAAUUUCCUUUGGAGGAAUUUGACCGGGUCAAAUUUGGGGAUUCCAUUGAGCCGAAGCCCUCGUGGUUUGGACGUGUGCAGACCUUCUAACUUAAAGGUGUUUGAACAAUUGGAGUCUUUUGCUCUUGGGUAUAUCGUGGGGAGUUUUGACUAAGUCAAGCAAAAAGGGAAUCUAAAUAAUUUCGGGGAUCCCUAGCUGGCCGAGCGUCCCUUCCAGAAGCUAAGUACUCCUUGCUUAUGCUUUUUAGUUUCCGCAUCUAUACUAGUAUAUUGUUAUUAGUUUAAUUAUUUUAUCACCAUUAUUUAUUAGGGAUUAGAAUCUCCCAAAAUUAAAUAAUGCCGAGCGACGCUCCUGUGAUAAUUAGUUUUCACCAUCAUUUUAAUUAAUGAUUGGUUGUUGUGGGCCAGUCGGCCCGCUCCGGGUCGGCUUUAAUUAGCGAACGGAGCGUAUCUGAAUGACUUAUGGUAGGAUAAUACUAUUAUUACUACCCGUAUAUCACUAUUAUUUAUUAGGGAUAAAAUGUCCCGAAUUAAAUAAUGUGGAGCGAAGCUCUAGUGAUGGUUGGUUCAGCCAACAUUUUAUUGAAUGUUUAAUUUCUUGUGGGCCUGUUGGCCCACCCUCGAUCAGCUUGAUUAAGUGAUCCGAGCGUCUCCAGAAAGGCGAUGCCCCGACGACGCGUUUGAAUUUGAGGGUUGCGCAUUAGUCCGCACGGCACCAAGUGCCCGAGCGACGAUCGUACCCUAGUACCAUCUGCGCCACUAGGCGAAGUGACUGCGCCAAACGCGGCCUGUGGGGCCCGAGGGCACCAAAGUGCUCAACCUCAUUUUUUCGAGGGUAGUGCGACCAGCUUGGGUCUGAGUUUGAAAACUCACGGACCGGUGAAUAUUUCUAUGUGACGUUCGGCGGGCUGCUAAUUGGCCCCGCCGCGAGCUGCUACGUCCAUUAACCCCGCACGAUGAGCCGGGCAGAGGGUCACGAUGACCCAUAGGCCGGUAAUCGUGGGUGUUAGAGGGAAGCCGCGAUGACCCAUGCAGAUGGUUAUGUGUGCAUAUUUAUUGUCGGGCCGUGCGGCCCGUUACCAUGCUUAUUGCGCAGCCGAAGCCGCUCGACGCGCUUGAGCGAAAUGAUUAGAAGACGCUCGGCCCGAGUCUUGAAGACGUGCAGGGCCGGCUAAAGAGGAGACCAUCACGGCUGAGGACCGUGAGACGAGCAUCUCCACCUAGAGGCCGAGGGCCUAGAGGAGACCACCACGGUUGAGAACCGUGGGACGGGCAUCUCCACCCCAGAGACCGAUGGCCUAGGGAGAACACCUAGAGGCCGAGGAUCUAGAGGCGAAUGCCAUGACAGAGAACCGUGAGACGGUCAUCCAUCAUCCAGAGGCCGAGGGCCAAGAGGAAACCAUCACGGCUGAGAGCCGUGAUACGAGCAUCUCCACCCUAGGAGCCGGUGGCCUAGAGGAGACCACUACGACCGAGGGUCGUGGGACCAUCCUUACAUCACGACCGACCCCACGGUACGGCAUGUUUAUCACCAGAAGACCGGUAUCAUCCCCGCGCUGCGCGGAUGAGAGCUGUUGCACGGAUACACUUGAUCGGCUUCUCAUUGCCGACAUCAUUAUAUCAUGACCGGCCUCUCGGCACGGCGUGUUUAUUCUUUUGAAGACCGACCUCGUCCCCGCACUGCGCGGAUGAGGACCGUUGCUUGAUCUUGGUCGGCCUCUCAUUGCUGACAUCGUUACAUCACGACCGGCUUCCCGGCCCGGCGUGCUUAUCAUAUUUGAAGAUCGGCCUCGUCCCCGCCCCUCGCGGAUGAGGACCGUUGCUUGCCUCUUUCUGAUCGGCCCCCAGGCCGAUACUUUUACGUGGCUACCGACCCCCCUGAUACGGUGCCAUUAUCAUACUUGAAGACCGGCCUCGUCCCCGCACUGCGCGGAUGAGGACCGUUGCUUGAUUUCAGAUCGGCCCCUCAUUGCCGACACUAUUAUAUCACGACCGGCCUCCCGGCUCGGCGUGCUUUCCAUAUUUGAAGAUCGGCCUCGUCCCCGCCCUCGCGGACGAGGGCCGUUGCUUGAUUUUCUCAGAUCGGCCGCUCAUUGCCGGCGCCAUUAUACCACGACCGGCCUCCCGGCUCGGCGUGCUUUCCAUAUCUGAAGACCGACCUUGUCCCCGCCCCUCGCGGACGAGGACCAUUGCUUGAUUCUUUCAGGUCGGCCCCUCACUGCCGACACUAUCAUGUUAUGUUCGGCCUCUCGGCACGACAUAUUUAUCUUUUGAAGACCGGUUUCAUCCCCGCGCUGCGUGGAUGAGAGCCGUUGCUCGGAUAUAUCGGCCUGAUUGGACACUAUUGUCAUCUCCAUUAUCAGGACCGACUGCUCAGCGACAUUAUGAUCAUUGUAUAUCGGCUCCCAAUGCCGACCUUCUUGAGUUAGCGAUCGGGCUCACCCCUCCCUUCAUGAGGGUGACCAUCGCCUUCGCAUGACAUUAUGUGUGACAUCACUUGUGGUUAUUCUUGGAACCGACGAACGUAUUUUCCUCCCUCAGAAAAAAAAAAAAAAAAAAAAAAAAAAAAAAAGAUGGGGAGAAGGGGAGACGAGAUCCUAUGAGAGAGGGAGUCUUGACGAGGUAUGCCUGAUCUUCCUUCGCCGCGUAUGACGAACGUCUCCCGACGCGGAGGCUAGUAGGAACGUGGGGGGGGGGCUAGACGUACCAACGGGAACCUCGCAAGAUAAACCAGUUCCUCCCAUGACCCGUGGUUCGAUGAACACCUUCUGCUAAAGCAGAAGGCUAGUAGGGCCACGAGCAUGGGACGACGAAGCAGGGAAUCCCGACGUGGAUAAACCAGUGACCUCCUUGCGAUCGUUGGAUGACCGAACGUCUUCUUCGAAGUAAGAAGAUUAGUAGGACCACGACAGGGACGAACGAAGAAUAGGGAAUCCCGACGCGGAUAAACCUGUUCCUCCUUGCGAUCGUGGGAUGACCAAACGUCUUCUUCGAAGUAAGAAGAUUAGUAGGACCACGACAGGGACGAACGAAGAAUAGGGAAUCCCGACGUGGAUAAACCUGUUUCUUCUCAUAGUUGGGAUGACGAACGUCUCCUGCGAAACCAGGAGACCAGUACUCACGAGACUUGGGAAGAACGAAGAACCGAGUUCUUUACCGGAGUCUGUUGUGUGCCGAGUGUACACCGCUUAGCGGUCCAUACAUAGGACCACGGAUACGGUAGACGAACGAAGACCAGCUCCAUGGAUCAGACACGAUGGACCAGUUCUUUACCGGAGUCUGUUGUGUGCCGAGUGUACACCGCUUAGCGGUCCAUACAUAGGACCACGGAUACGGUAGACGAACGAAGACCAGCUCCAUGGAUCAGACACGAUGGACCAGUUCUUUACCGGAGUCUGUGCGUGCCGAGUGUACACCGCUUAGCUGUCUGUACAUAGGACCACGGAUACGGUAGACGAACGAAGACCAGCUCCAUGGAUCAGACACGAUGGACCAGUUCUUUACCGGAGUCUGUGCGUGCCGAGUGUACACUGCUUAGCGGUCCGUACAUAGGACCACGGAUACGGUAGACGAACGAAGACUAGCUCCUCAGGUCAGAUAGGAGGGACAUCACCCAUAUUUAUUUCAGGCUCACCAUUCCUUCCCGGAUGGAGUCCUGGCAGACGAUCGGCUUCUCACAGCCAAUCAGGAGAGAGACUUGACACAUCACCAGCACGGCCGAGGGCCGCGAGACGAUUAUCACUCACCGACAGGCCGAGGGCCAUGAGAUGAUCAUCACUAUUUUUCUGUAUCACGAUCGGCCCGAUAGCGCCAUCGUGUCCAGAUUCACGGUUCGGCUCGCCCAUCCCCUUCCAGGAUGGCGACGACCGUCUUAUGCAGUACGAUCGGCCCCUCAGCGCUAUCGUACCCAGCUCACGUUCAGCUCGUCCAUCCCUUCCAGGAUGGCGACGACCGUCUUAUGCAGUACGAUCGGCCCCUCAGCGCCAUCGUACCCAGCUCACGUUCAGCUCAUCCAUCCCCCCAGGAUGGCGACGAACGUCUUAUGCACCACGAUCGGCCCCUCAGCGCCAUCGUGUCCAGAUUCACGGUUCGGCUCGCCCAUUCCCUCCAGGAUGGCGACGACCGUCUUAUGCAGUAUGAUCGGCCCCUCAGCGCCAUCAUACCCAGUUCACGGUUCGGCUCGCCCAUUCCCUCCAGGAUGGCGACGACCGUCUUAUGCCGUACGAUCGGCCCCUCAGCGCCAUCGUACCCAGCUCACGUUCAGCUCGUCCAUCCCUCCAGGGUGGCGACGAACGUCUUAUGCAUCACGAUCGGCCCCUCAGCGCCAUCGUACCCAGUUCACGGUUCGAAUCGCCCAUUCCCUCCAGG